UCACUAGUGAUUUUUCUUCGCUUGCAAUUUGUGGACGUAAUCAAAUCAGCUAUCGCAAAUUAAUUGAAAAUAAAAAAAUAACUUAUUUAGUGUGAAUUCCAGCGAAUAUAUCAUGGGAGAUUCGCUGGAGAACGCCGAUACCUCUGUGGAGGCGGUGGCAAAUGUGACUAUUGUCGAUUAUGGCGCAUUUGCUAAUUAUAUACGUAAAGCAGUGACCAUCUUGCUGCCUGAAGAAGAUGUAGUUCCUCCAGCAUUAAAUGUUGCACUGGAGGACCAAGAUAACCAGGAACGCAUAAAGAAGUUUCUUUCGGAUCCACAGGUGCAAGCAUUGUACAUCCAGCGGAAUUGCUUAAAAGAAGAUGAGAAUGAACAACCCGCCGAAGGGGAAGAGGAGAAAGAGUUUGUGAACUAUCAAAUUAGUAAUGAUGUACACUUUACCAACAGCCGUAUGGCUUCAUUAGCGUGCAUCAAGCGUGGUGCCGUAAUUGAAGCAGACAAAUCUAUACAUUCCCAGUUGCGCCUGAUUAAUUUCUCCGAUGGUUCACCGUAUGAGACGUUGCAUGCAUUCAUUUCAAAGUCCUUGGCGCCUUACUUCAAGUCUUACGUAAAGGAAUCGGGACGUGCAGAUCGUGAUGGUGAUAAAAUGGCGCCUUCUGUUGAAAAGAAGUUGGCCGAGUUGGAGAUGGGCCUUUUGCAUCUACAGCAAAACAUAGACAUACCAGAAAUAACGCUGACGGCACAUACUUCUGUAAAUGCGGUCAUACGUAAAUGCGCUGAUGAAAACCGCAAGGCAAAAGUGGCUGACUUUGGUGACAAAGUAGAGGAUUCGUCAUUUCUUAAUCAACUACAAAAUGGUGUAAAUCGUUGGAUUAAAGAAAUCAAAAAGGUUACCAAGUUAGACCGUGAUCCAUCAUCGGGCACAGCUCUACAGGAAAUAUCAUUUUGGUUGAACUUGGAGCGCGCUCUGUAUCGCAUCCAGGAAAAGCGCGAAUCACCAGAAGUUGCCCUCACACUAGACAUAUUAAAACAUGGCAAACGUUUCCAUGCCACCGUGUCGUUUGAUACUGAUACCGGCCUAAAACAGGCCUUGGCUAUGGUUGCCGAUUAUAAUCCCCUAAUGAAGGACUUCCCCAUUAAUGACUUGCUAUCUGCUACCGAGCUGGAGAAAAUUCGCCCAGCAGUGCAGCAGAUUUUCUCACAUUUGCGCAAAGUACGUAACACUAAGUACCCAAUACAACGUUGUCUCAAACUCAUCGAAGCUAUUUCACGCGAUUUGUCUCAACAACUACUAAAAGUGCUGGGUACACGUCGGCUAAUGCAUAUUCCUUUCGAUGAAUUUGAACGUGUCAUGAAUCAGUGCUUUGAAAUAUUCAGUUGCUGGGACGACGAGUACGAUAAAUUACAAGGCUUAUUGCGCGACAUUGUAAAGAAGAAGCGAGACGAGCAUUUGAAGAUGGUCUGGCGCGUAUCACCUGCGCAUAAGAAGCUUCAGACACGCAUGGAGCAUAUGCGCAAGUUCCGUCGCCAACAUGAACAAUUGCGUACUGUAAUUUUGCGUGUGUUGCGCCCUACCAAGCAAGCACAAAAUAAUGAUACCAAUGCUGUCGAAACGAAGCAACCAUAUAGCCUGGAAGCGGCUGAUGCUAAUGCUAUUGAAGAGGUGAACUUGGCAUAUGAAAAUGUCAAAGAGGUAGAUUGCUUGGAUAUAACCAAGGAAGGAUCAGAAGCUUGGGAAGCAGCUGUGAAACGUUAUGAAGAAAAAAUUGAUCGCGUCGAAGCACGCAUCACAGCACAUUUGCGUGAUCAACUCGGCACUGCUAAGAAUGCAAACGAAAUGUUUCGUAUUUUCUCGCGCUUCAAUGCGCUGUUUGUGCGUCCGCACAUACGUGGUGCAAUACGAGAAUAUCAGACACAACUUAUACAACGUGUAAAGGAUGAUAUUGAUGCAUUGCACGAGAAGUUCAAGGUACAAUAUCCACAAAGCAAAAGCUAUCGUCUUUCCACUGUGCGCGAUUUACCACCAGUAGCUGGAUCCAUCAUUUGGGCACGUCAGAUCGAUAACCAAUUGACAAUGUAUUUGAAACGCGUAGAAGAUGUGUUGGGCAAGGGCUGGGAAACGCAUUUGGAGGGUCAAAAACUAAAAGCAGAUGGCGAUAGCUUCCGCGCCAAGCUCUCAAUUUCUGAAGUAUUCCAGGAAUGGGCACGCAAAGUGCAGGAACGUAAUUUCGGCAAUUCUGGUCGCAUUUUCACAAUUGAAUCAGCACGUUCGCGUACCGGACGUAGCAACGUUUUAAAAUUGCGCGUUAACUUUUUGCCAGAAAUCAUUACGCUCUCAAAGGAAGUGCGCAACAUUAAGAAUUUGGGAUUCAGAGUUCCACUUACUAUCGUUAACAAGGCACAUCAAGCCAAUCAGAUUUAUCCAUAUGCAAUUUCAUUGAUUGAGAGCGUUCGCACCUAUGAGCGCACCUUGGAAAAGAUUGAAGAUCGCGCCAGCAUUGUUCCACUAGUUGCUGGCUUGCGCAAGGAAGUGCUAAAUUUAAUUUCCGAAGGCAUUGGACUGGUCUGGGAGUCGUACAAACUCGAUCCGUAUGUUCUACGCCUGUCAGAAUGUGUUACACAGUUCCAAGAAAAGGUCGAGGACCUGCUCGUCGUCGAGGAGCAAUUGGACGUUGAUGUGCGCUCGCUAGAGACUUGUCCUUACAGCGCUGCUACUUUCACCGAAAUCUUAUCGAAAAUUCAACAUGCCGUUGACGCUUUAUCACUCAAACAAUAUUCCAAUUUAAAUGUUUGGGUUACACGUCUGGAUGAGGAAGUUGAAAAGAAGUUAGCUAUGCGUCUUCAGGCUGGUAUACAAGCUUGGACUGAAGCUUUAACUGGUAGCAAGAAGGAGCGCGAUCUCUCCAUGGACACUGAUGCCCCAGCACAGCCAACACACAAGCUUGGUGGUGAGCCACAAAUUCAGAAUGCUAUUCAUGAGAUACGCAUUACCAAUCAGCAGAUGUACUUGUAUCCCUCAAUCGAGGAGGCACGUUUCCAAAUUAUGCAGCAGUUGUUUGCAUGGCAAGCAAUUGUUACUUCGCAGGUGCGCCUGCAGAGCACACGCUACCAAGUCGGUUUGGACAAACUUGCUCCCCCUACUUAUCGCAAUUUGUUGACUAAAUUGCCAGAAACUAUGAUUUUGGAAAAUGCUUAUGGCGCAAUUGAAAAUAAAAUUAGUGAAGUGCGUAAUUAUGUGGAGGAAUGGUUGCGUUAUCAGAGCCUAUGGGAUUUGCAAGCCGAUACUUUGUAUGGCCGUUUAGGUGAAGAUGUUAAUUUGUGGAUUAAGUGUUUAAAUGAUAUUAAGAAAUCACGCACUACCUUCGACACAUCUGAUACACGUCGUGCAUAUGGCCCGAUUGUAAUUGACUACGCUAAAGUGCAGGCUAAGGUAACCUUGAAAUACGAUUCUUGGCAUAAGGAGGCAUUGGGUAAAUUUGGCACACUGCUCGGCAGUGAAAUGACUACAUUCCAUUCGAAGGUAUCGAAGUCGCGCACUGAUUUGGAGAUGCAAAGCAUUGAGGCCGCCAGCACUUCUGAUGCCGUAAGCUUUAUCACUUACGUGCAAACGCUCAAAAAAGACAUGAUCGCUUGGGACAAACAAGUUGAAGUAUUCCGUGAAGCACAGCGUAUACUCGAGCGCCAACGUUUCCAAUUCCCUAACAACUGGUUGCACGUUGACAACAUCGAAGGUGAAUGGUCCGCCUUCAAUGAGAUCAUCAAACGCAAAGAUACAGCCAUUCAAACACAAGUGGCCAGCUUACAAGCUAAAAUUGUAGCCGAGGAUAAGGCUGUUGAGACGCGUACUAUUGAUUUCUUGAACGAUUGGGAGAAGAACAAGCCAACUGGCGGCAAAAUACGACCAGAUGAUGCAUUACAACAAUUGCAAUUGUUUGAGACAAAAUAUUCACGUUUGAAGGAAGAGCGCGAUAAUGUGGCCAAGGCCAAGGAGGCACUGGAAUUGCAGGAAUCCGCUAUACCUAACAAUAGUUCGGAGCGUAUGAAUGUAGCUUUGGAAGAGUUGCAGGACCUGCGUGGUGUCUGGAGCGAGCUCUCCAAGGUUUGGACACAGAUUGAUGAGACUAGGGAGAAACCUUGGCUUUCGGUACAACCCCGAAAAUUGCGUCAACAACUCGAGGCUAUGAUGACACAGCUGAAAGAAUUGCCGGCACGUUUGCGCAUGUACGAAUCAUACGAAUAUGUGAAGAAACUAAUUCAAAGCUAUAUUAAAGUGAACAUGAUGAUCGUUGAAUUGAAGUCAGAUGCACUCAAGGAGCGUCACUGGAAGCAACUUACCAAACAGCUACGUGUUAAUUGGGUCAUAUCCGAUUUGACACUUGGACAAGUUUGGGAUGUUAAUUUGCAGAAGAACGAGAACGUAGUAAAGGACAUUAUACUCGUUGCUCAGGGUGAAAUGGCACUGGAAGAAUUUUUGAAGCAGGUGCGCGAAUCUUGGCAGAGCUAUGAACUCGAUUUGAUUAAUUAUCAGAACAAAUGUCGCAUCAUACGUGGUUGGGAUGACCUCUUCAAUAAAGUUAAGGAGCAUAUCAAUUCCGUUGCUGCUAUGAAACUCUCACCGUAUUAUAAAGUUUUCGAGGAGGAAGCACUAACUUGGGAAGAGAAAUUGAAUCGUAUAAAUGCACUUUUUGACGUUUGGAUUGAUGUACAACGCCGCUGGGUCUACUUGGAAGGUAUUUUCUCUGGAAGCGCUGAUAUCAAAACACUUUUGCCGGUGGAAACAUCACGUUUCCAAAGCAUCAGCUCCGAGUUUUUGGGUUUAAUGAAAAAAGUAACCAAGUCACCGAAAGUAAUGGAUGUAUUAAAUAUACCAGCUGUGCAGCGUUCACUAGAACGUCUUGCUGACCUUUUGGGUAAAAUCCAGAAGGCUUUGGGCGAAUAUUUGGAACGGGAACGUACCUCCUUCCCACGUUUCUACUUCGUAGGCGAUGAGGAUCUUUUGGAGAUUAUUGGCAAUAGCAAGAAUAUUGCACGUUUGCAAAAGCAUUUCAAGAAAAUGUUUGCUGGUGUUGCUGCUAUUCUCUUGAACGAGGAUAAUACUGUCAUUUUGGGUAUCUCUUCACGCGAAGGUGAAGAAGUAAAAUUCAUGAAUCCAGUUUCGACCGUCGAACACCCAAAAAUCAAUGAAUGGCUCUCCCUGGUUGAGAAACAAAUGCGUUUUACUCUGGCAUCACUUUUGGCACAAGCCGUACAAGAUAUUAAACAAUUCCGUGACGGCAAAAUUGAUCAACAAAAAUAUAUGGAGUGGUGUGACAAGUAUCAGGCUCAAAUUGUUGUACUUGCAGCGCAAAUUCUCUGGUCCGAGGAUGUGGAAUCGGCUUUGCAACAAGCAUCUGAGAGUAAUAAUUCAAAGCCAAUGCAGCGCGUGUUGGGUACCGUGGAGUCAACAUUGAAUGUGCUCGCUGACUCAGUGUUGCAGGAACAACCGCCACUGCGCAGACGUAAAUUGGAGCAUUUGAUCAAUGAAUUUGUUCAUAAGCGUACAGUAACACGACGCUUGACUGCCAAUGGAGUUACCAGUCCCAAAUCUUUCCAAUGGCUUUGUGAGAUGCGUUUCUACUUCGACCCACGUCAAACUGAGGUAAAUAUUUCCACUAAUAGUACACCGUCAACCCUCUAGAAACAAUGAAAAGUAUUUAUAGAGUUCUGCAUU